AUGGAUAUUGGAAUUGUUAAAAUUGCUGAAGAUAAAGAUUUUGAGAAAUUGAAGCAGUUAUAUGAUGAUAAUAAUGACUGGAGAUUAGAUUAUAACAAACCUGAUUUGUCAGUUUGGACAAAAUCUGUACCAGGAAUUAGUUUUAGAAUGGUAAAAAUUAGAACUUGCUUUUCUGAUGUUCUGCCAGAAACACUAUAUGAUGUAUUACAUGAUCCUGAAUAUAGAAAGGUUUGGGAUACUCACAUGAUUGAAUCAAAAGACAUAGGAUUUUUUAAUCCAAACAAUGACAUUGGUUAUUACUCAAGAUAUAUUGUAAGACCAUCUCGAAAUGGAGAUGGUUCUGAAUUAGGUUAUGUAUCUCAUACUGAUCCACAUGGAAAAUUACCAGUUUGGUUAGUUAAUAAAGUUACACAAAUAUUUGCACCAAAGAUGGUGAAAAAGUUACAUAAGGCUUCUGUAGCUUAUCCCAAUUGGAAAUUAUUUAAUAAUCCAAAUUAUAAACCUUGGCAUUUUCCUGAACAAAUUGCAUCACCGCGAAUACGAAUAGAAGACUGUGUAAAAUCUGUAGAAGAAAAGAAUUCAAAAAAUCAUUAUGUUGAUGAAUCAGAGUUAAAAGAGUCUGCUACAAUGGACAGUGAUUAG